CUUCACUGUACAUUCCUGGGUAAGUCAGUGGAAGCAGAAAGGAAGAACUUUCCGUAUAAGGAUGUGUACAGGGGGCCGGAGAACCGUGACAUCAUUGGCGGACUGACCGGUCGGUCCGAUCGGAUGUCGUCCGAGGGCUUGGCCGGGUAAGGGGCCAGCUGCCGCCGCUACUGGGGAUCAAAGACACUUGUCCCGGAUCCCCAGCAGGUACACGCACGUACAGAAGAAGGCAUCCCCUCUGCAUGAGCAGCAUCUUCGCCUACAGAGGAGACGUGACUUCCGCCCCACGCAGUGCAGUCGCCGAUGAUUUCACUCAUCUGCGCCUGCACUGUGGAGGAAGACAGACGCGGGCCCCUGCUGCUGAGGAGAUCGCAGUGUGGGACACAUACAGAUAUUGAGAGAUGGACAUGGCGGUCUGAUCCAGACGGAGAAGAAAAGGAAAGAGGACGUUGCCGAUGAGAAAAGAUGUAAUUGCGAGUCCCUAGAUGUAACUUGCUCACCCCAGAGAAUAUACACAUCUGAGGGCUUUUCUCUCUGCUAUAGAAGAAAUUAACAAUAGUUCAGAUACCCUUCCCAAUGUCACCCUGGGAUAUCACAUAUAUGACUCUUGUGGACAUGAGAAUAAAGUUAUAAAAGAUGUUCUGCAGAUACUGUCUGGACACACAGUGACAGCUCCAAACUAUUCCUGUAUGAAGAAUUAUGCAUUGGUCGGUUUUAUUGGAGAUUUACAGUCUGGUACUACUCUCCCUAUGGCCCAGCUGUUAAACUUAUAUGGAUAUACACAUCUAUCACGAUAUAUAAAAGAAGAAAAUGAAGACUGGAUAACAUGACUAGAUAUUCAGAAUUGGGUAACAAGAGAAUAUAAAGAAUAUGCAAAAACGUCUAAAAUGGUUGUCGGAAGAUUUGAUGCAUCUUUUCUUGAAGAUAAACAGCUGGAUAUUAAUCCCCAGAUAAUAACAUGGAGACAGAACUCAAUCCCUAAAGGUCGGUGCAGUGAGUCCUGUCUGCCAGGAACCCGAAAAGUUCUCAGAGAAGGAUAUUACAUCUGUUGCUAUGACUGUAUUCCAUGUCCAGAAGGGGAAUUUACAAUACAUUCAGAUAGUGAAAAUUGCCAGAAAUGUCCUGAAGAUGAAUGGCCAAAUGAGGGAAGAAACACUUGUGUUGUGAGGUAUUAUGAGUUUCUCUCAUAUGAAUCUGAUGUUGUUUCUUCAGUCUUCUCCAUCAUCUCCAUAUUAUUUAUUCUUAUAACUGUAUUUAUAAUCAGAAUAUUCACUUUAUUCUGGAAAUCUCCCAUUGUCAGAGCCAAUAACCGGAACCUAAGCUUCAUUCUCCUGACCGCUCUCAUGUUCAGCUUACUCUGUGUGUUUCUAUUCAUCGGUCGUCCAGUGGAUAUAACCUGCAUGCUGAGACAAAUCUUCUUUGGGAUCUUCUUCACAGUAGCCGUGUCUUCUGUCCUGGCCAAGACCAUCAUAGUCUGCAUAGCAUUCAAGGCCACCAGACCAGACAGCUCCUGGAGAAAGUGUGUGGGGGUUAAGCUUCCUUAUUCUGUAGUGUUGGUCUGUUCAUCUCUUCAGAUCCUGAAUGCAGUUAUCUGGUUGUCAUUGUCUCCUCCAUAUCAAGAACUUAACCUGGAUUAUCCUGGGAAGAUCAUCAUUCAGUGUAAUGAAGGGUCUGUCUUGGCCUUUUACCUCAUGUUGGGUUAUAUGGGGUUUCUGGCAGCUGUGAGUUUUGUUCUAGCUUUCAUGGUGAGGACAUUACCUGAUAUCUAUAAUGAAGCCAAGUACAUCACCUUCAGCAUGCUGGUGUUCUGCAGUGUCUGGAUCGCUGCCAUCCCGGCCUAUCUGAGCAGUACAGGGAAACACAUGGUCACUGUAGAGAUAUUUGCCAUAUUGGCCUCAGGGGGAGGAAUAUUGAUCUGCAUGUUUCUACCUAAAUGUUACAAUAUCCUGAUGGAGCCUGAAGUGAUCAGUAAAGGACCCUUGUCCCAGAGAUGUGUUAUGUAAAUUAUUCUCUGAGCUGAAUUUGUAUAUUUUGAGGAAUUAUCUGGAAACAUAUAAAGCCCAUAUA